UAUUGUUCGGCUAUUUUCAUUCCUGUAACUAACAAACUUAUGGUUUACUUUCCUUAUUACGCCGAAAUUAGGGAGCCAAACGUUUCGAAUAUAUCUAUAUAUGCGUGUAUAUAAAAAUAUAUACAUACAUAUAUAUAUAUGUAUGAUUUUGCGUUUUCCCAAGUAAUGGCAUCUUCGUUACUCCGCCGAAAAGUUUCGAGCUUGGGAGUGUCUGGCCUCCACGGUAUUGCAAAACCUUUUUCUGUGCGUUCGGAGUCGGAAAAUGUAGCUGUAGUUAGUGUUUCAAAUGUGAUAAGGCAGUUUAGUCGCUCCAAGCAUUAUAGGAAUGUUGAUUUUACGACGAGCUCCAGUAAUUCUUCAAAGUUCGACUGUUUAGACCUGACUCAUCCUCAUACUUGGUACCCAAAUGCUCGAAGGAAGGAGCGCAAGAUUUUCUUGCACAUGGGUCCAACAAAUAGUGGCAAGACUCACCAUGCUCUGAAGAGACUUGAGUCAAGUGCUUCUGGAAUGUAUUGUGCUCCUUUGAGAUUGUUGGCUUGGGAGGUGGCUAAACGAUUGAACAAGGCAAAAGUUCCUUGUGAUCUACUUACUGGACAGGAGAGAGAGGAGAUUGAGGGUGCAAAACACAAGGCUGUGACAGUUGAGAUGGCUGAUGUGACCUCUGAUUAUGAGUGUGCGGUUAUUGAUGAGAUUCAGAUGUUGGGCUGUAGAACAAGGGGAUGUUCUUUUACACGUGCUCUAUUAGGAAUAUCUGCUGAUGAAAUUCACCUUUGUGGGGAUGCAGCUGCUGUUCCAUUGAUUCAGGAUAUACUCAGUGUCACUGGUGAUCAUUUAGAGGUUCAAUGCUAUGAGAGACUUUCGCCAUUGGUUCCACUGAAGGUUCCUCUUGGAUCCUUUAAAAACAUUAGAACAGGCGACUGCAUUGUGUCCUUUUCACGUAGGAAAAUAUAUGAAUUGAAGAGACAAAUUGAAAAUGGAAGGAAACAUCUUUGUUCCGUAGUUUAUGGCUCCCUUCCUCCGGAAACUCGGACAAGACAGGCGACAAGGUUCAACGAUGAAAGCAGUGAGUUUGAUGUUCUUGUGGCUAGUGAUGCCAUUGGGAUGGGACUUAACCUGAAUAUCUCAAGGAUAAUAUUUUCAACAAUGACGAAAUUUGAUGGUAUAGAGGAGCGGGAGCUCACUGUAUCAGAGAUCAAGCAAAUUGCAGGCAGAGCUGGCAGGUACGGAUCAAAAUUUCCUGUCGGUGAAGUAACUUGUAUGGAUGGCCACUAUCUACCUUUGCUUCAUACAUCAUUGAAAGCUUCAUCCCCAACUUUAGAGAGAGCUGGGUUGUUUCCUACGUUUGAGCUUAUGCAUAUGUAUUCACUCUUACACUCCAAAAGAGGCUUUUAUGAGAUUCUGGAACAUUUUGUAGAGAACGCCAAACUAUCUGCAAGUUAUUUCAUUUCUGAUUCUGAAGAAAUGAUGAAAGUUGCUGCUGUUAUUGAUCAGCUACCUCUUAGUUUGCAGGACAAAUACCUUUUCAUUAACAGCCCAGUUGACAUGGAUGAUGCAAUUUCAGCUCAGGGUCUUACACAGUUUGCGGAAAAUUAUGCAAAACGGGGCAUUGUUCGGCUUCGAGAAAUAUUCAUACCAGGGAUGCUUGAGGUUCCAAAGUCGCAUACUGAACUCAAGGAACUUGAAUCCAUUCACAAGGUGUUGGAUCUCUAUGUUUGGUUGAGUUUCCGAUGGGAGAGCUCAUUCCCAGACCGCGAGGUGGCUUCAACACAAAAAAACAUCUGCAGCUCGCUGAUUGAGGAGUUCCUUGAAAGAUUUGGAUGGGAGAAGCCAAAGUUCACCAUACAAACAUUACCGUCUCUAUCCGAAAGGAUAAGACGUUUGAGGCAACGUUCAAGACCAUAAAAUUGCUCUUCUUUCUCAUUAUCCCAAAGGCUAGAUGACAUUAUCGAGGCUAGAUUUUGGUUUCAUCAUUCUUAUAGAUUCGUUCAUACAAUGUACAGAGUAUUGUUAGUAGGGGCUCUAAAAGUUGGUGCUCCCAGUUAAUCAUUUAUAGCUCUCACUAUGCUGAUGUAUCUUUUGCUGAAACCAUACGUAGAUUGUAUUUUUUUCACCAAUUGAGAAAAUAAA